AUGUCCCACAGCCUCGACUGCACCAAUGAAUAUUUUGAAAUCCUGGACGGCCCUCCAUCCUCGGCAAAGUCCCUGGGGAAGACCUGCUCUGGUUCCUACCUCACCUUCGCGUCCUCCUCCAGCUCAUUGACCCUCGUGUACUUCCGAAGCUUCAACAACAUAGGGAAAAACUUCAUCGCUUAUUAUUAUUCUGCAGCCAAAGGGGACUGGCCAGACCUGAGGCUGGUGGGUGGCUCAGGUCGGUGCUCAGGACGCGUGGAGGUCCUCCACCAGGAGGCCUGGGGCACCGUGUGUGAUGACCUCUGGGACCUCAACGAAGCCGAGGUCGUGUGCCGACAGCUGGGGUGUGGACGGGCCGUGUCCGCCCUUGGGAAAGCCCACUUUGGUCCGGGCUCUGGAGACAUCUUCCUGGACAACCUUCAGUGCUCCGGGGUGGAGCGCUCCCUGGGUCAGUGUGCCCACUCGGGCUGGUCGGAGCACAACUGUGGCCAUCACGAAGACGCCGGUGUCAUCUGCUCAGGGGACUGGCCAGACCUGAGGCUGGUGGGCGGCUCAGGUCGGUGCUCAGGACGCGUGGAGGUCCUCCACCAGGAGGCCUGGGGCACUGUGUGUGACGACCUUUGGGAUCUCAAUGAAGCUGAGGUUGUGUGCCGACAGCUGGGGUGUGGAUGGGCUGUGUCCGCCCUUGGGAAGGCCCACUUUGGCCCUGGCUCUGGAGACAUCUUCCUGGACAAUGUACAGUGCUCUGGGAUGGAGCGCUCCCUGGGUCAGUGCGCCCACUCAGGCUGGUCGGAGCACAACUGUGGCCACCACGAGGACGCCGGUGUCAUCUGCUCAGUAAUCCAGCCCUGCCUGCCGUGGGGCAUAGGUGCAGAAGAACUGCCUCCUCCCACCCCUCCAGGUCUUUCCACAGCUUCUCAGGAUCAUAUAACAGGAGGAACUAGCUCUUGCGGAGGGGUCAUGUCUAGUGUCUCUGGCUCAUUUUCCAGUCCGCUGUACCCAGAAAGCUACCCAACAGACAUCCAGUGCGUUUGGGAGAUUCAUGUGGAUAAAAAAUUCCGCAUAGAACUCAUGAUUCCAACUCUGAACCUAGAGGAUAUCCUUGGAUGCCCUUACGACUCCGUUGAAAUCUUCGAUGGCCCCCGGAUCGCCUCACUGUCCAUGGGGAAGUUCUGUGCCUCAGUAGCUCUGAUAUUUUUCUCCUCCUCAGACAUCAUGACAGUGGUCUUCCGAAGUGAUUCUAUGAUCACCAACACUGGCUUUUAUGCUAUGUUCAACGUGAUUCCACAAGGCGAAAGAGAGUCAGAAGAUGGACCGGAGCUGCGGCUGGUGGGCGGCUCAGGACGGUGCUCAGGACGGUUGGAGGUCCUCCAUCAGGGGGCCUGGGGCACUGUAUGUGAUGACCUCUGGGACCUCAAUGAAGCCAAGGUCGUGUGCCGACAGCUGGGGUGUGGACGGGCCAUUGCAGCCCCUGGAAAGGCUCACUUCGGCCCGGGCUCUGGAAACAUCCUCCUGGAUAACAUUCAGUGUUCGGGAAGCGAGAACCGCCUCGGCCAGUGCCCCAGCUCCGGGUGGUCAGACCACAAUUGUGGCCACCAUGAGGACGCCGGUGUCAUCUGCUCAGAUGCUGGGGACUGGGCUCCAGAUGUGAUCCCUGCAUCCCCAGCUCCCAUCCCUCAAGUGCCUACACCACGAGGAGGAAGUAACUCUUGCGGAGGAGUCAUUUCUGGUCUCUCGGGCUCCUUCUCCAGUCCUUGGUAUCCAACAAACUACCCCACCGACGUGGAGUGUAUCUGGGUGAUACACGUGGCUGAGAAGUUCCACAUAGAACUGGUGAUCCCAAGCCUGAAAUUAGAAGACAUAUACGGGUGCCCUUAUGACUUUAUUGAAGUGUUCGACGGACGGCAAGUUGCCUCACUCUCCAUGGGCAGAUUUUGUGCUGGGGCAGAGCUCGCCUUCCUCUCCUCUUCAAACAUCUUGACUGUGGUGUUCAGAAGUGAUGCCAUGAUCACCAACACAGGGUUUUAUGCUCUGUAUAAUGCCAUUCAACAAGAUGAAAGGGAGAGUGGUGCAUCCCUGAGACUGGUGAAUGGCAGUCACAGGUGUGAGGGCCGGGUGGAGGUCUUCUACAACGGCACCUGGGGCACAGUGUCUUGGCUGUGGUGA